CGGUGGGAAAUUUGACAGUGCGCGAAAGACUGUUGUUCACAGUGGACCGACGUUUCACUCAAAUACCAAUGCUUCCAUGACAUGGACCGCUACGUGUUGGUUAUAUCCUUUUGCCAAACGGAAGACGACCUGGCCGAGCAGUUCACAUGUCUGGAGCCAGUAAAGCAGAUCCAUGACAAACUUGUGGACAUUUCAACUCAGGAGUCAGUGAGAGGGAUCUCUGUGUUUCCAGCUUGUUCUCUCAGUGGCAGCCCAUCAGUUCAGAGAUGGUACUUUGCUGUUCAGGCUUGCCAAGGAGACACGCAGUUUUGCAGCUCGGACUGGGAAGAGCUGGGGACAGGCCAUCAGAAAACUGACAGUGAAGAGGAGAAGCCUACUGCUGUGGAGUUAUGUCUCAGUUCUCUGAGUAAUCAGGAGGCACCGGACCAAAAGGCUGAUCAGCCUUCACUGACAGAGCUGUUAGAGGAGGCUGCAGAAGGACUGCAUCUGCUGUCAGACAAGCUACCACCUCCAGGUAAAGCCUUGUUGGAUGUGCUAGUGUUGGGCUCUGCAGAGCAGUCCCCUCCUAUUAAAGACCUGCUGCCUCUGCUGGGAGCCCUCAAACACAUGUCCUACUGGCAUGCUGCUAAGAUCACUGUCGUCACACAGCACACCACUGGGUGGCAGAAAGCGGUGUCUUACCUGAGUGCCAGUCUGGUGGAGCCUGCUGACUUAAACAACUGUAUUGAUCAUAGGGAGUUAUGGAGGGGCGGCCUGGUUAUCAGAGAGAAGAAGUACGUGUCGGAGCUCCGUUUUGACGGCUUCUCUCUGCGCUCUCCAUUGCAUCACACACCAGGGACCAGUCUCUUACAAGCUCCCUGUACCCCGACGGACCACAAACUGCAGUCUGAGGUUUUCCAUUACUACGCACCAGUUUUAGAUUUGGUUCAGCUGGUUACUCUGUCAGACCUGCCCAGCUUUCUGAUGUCCAAAACCCAGUUUGAACUAAGCGUGUCUGGGAAGUCGAUGAAAGCUAAACUUCUGUUGGACCAGUUGAGGUCACUGCGUGGAAAGGUUGGAGCGUUGUUCAGCAUGUCCUGUAUAAUCACUCCCAUCGCUCAGCACGCAGCCAGCCAGCUCAGCUCGCAGCGCUGGAGAGAGUCCGUAGCCAGGAAACCAAAGUCCUUACCUGUGCCUGACGUAGAGGUGAAAGGUGAGAGUGCUCACUACCUCCUCUUAGUCCAGGGCUCAGAUGAGGCUGGGUUUGGAGGCUGCAGGGUCAGGAUGUUGCACUCAGACAGUCAAAUCAAUGGAGCGGCUGCCAUGGCAACCGUCUCAGGGUUGCUGAGAGAGAGGUCUCUGGCGUCGUCAUCAUCAGGAGGCACUGUCGGCAGCAUCCUCCACCCUCUUCCCUGUCUUCAAGGAGCCGGCCUGCUGAAGAGAGAGAAGAAGGUGACCCAAGUCCAGACACUGGUACUCAAAGAAUAUCUCAGGCAAAAAGAAGAAGCGUCCGCUUCAACUUCAAUACCUGUCAAUGACUUGAAGGUCAUUCUGAGUCUGGCCAGGGAGCAGUAUCUGAAGAUGAUUGACUCCACUCUGCCCUCUGCUGCCACCUGUCUGAAAGACGAGGAGGACAGCACAGCCGCCAAGAACUCAGAUUUUCCGACUAUUUCCCACCUGCUAUCCGACUGGCCAGAGAGGAGUGUCCUCCACAACAUAGAGAACUUGCAGAGGAGAAGACAGAAGAGAAGAUUUGGUCUGUUAGGUCCAGGCUCCAGUGACAGUCUGCUGGGUCCUAAAGACAGUCAAAAGAGCUCCUCUGCAUUACUGGACGCCAGAGAACUUCUAAAACAUUUCACAUCUGAUGGGCUGCCUACUGGGGAGCUACAACUACUGGCUAUAAAUAGAGUUAAUAAUGUGUUUCAGUUGUCACCAGACCUUUCUCCCAGGAGAAUUAGCCAGAUGCCAUUCAACAAAGCCUCAGUGUCCCAUUACCAUGGCAUAGAGUUUUGCCUGGACAAUCAGCGGUCCCUGGACCGAGACCAGGCCUUUGUAAAACUCCAAUCCCGCCUGAUUCGAUACGAGACCCAAACUACCUGCUCCAAGGAGCCCUGUGCCCUCCCAUUCGCCCUCAGCCCCGCCCCCUCCCCUGCUGUGAUGUCCGAACCAGGAAGUGUACCUGAUGGAGAGACUCUGCAGAACGCUGAUGUAGCGCGACUCAAGCGCAGGUCGUGGGACACGGACAUUAUUGGAGGUUAUCCUCGCAAGAGGCUGGUAAAGUCAGAGAGCAGUGACUCCCUCUGUUCUCAGAGCAGUGGCAGCAGUGGGACACACCCCGCCAUUCGGUCUUUACGUCAACAGCCGAGCAGAUCCCAGUCCACAGCAUCAGGUUUGGUGACUGUUCCCCCUGCUGACAAACCUAAACCUCAGCAGCUGAAGACGCAUGAUGAAAAAACAGAGGACAAAUCUUCCAAAGAGUCACGUUCCCAGAAACACAACAGGAUGCUGCAGGAGGUAGUGGCUAAAACGCUCAAACACCACGGGAUCACUGCCGAGCAUGAAUGCUUUGAGGCCUGCGGCAAAAGACUGUUUGAUAUCUCGAAAUUCUAUCUCAAGGAUCUGAAGACAUCUCGGGGUCUGCAUGAUGAGAUGAAGAAGGCAGCCUGCAGCAACGUUAAACAGGUCAUUGAAUGGGUGUUGGAGAAGACCUCAAAGAAGUGAAGACAGUCUAAAAGAAUGUGUGAGAACAACUUGAUUUUUGUUUCAUAGUAUUUACUUUUUAAGCCUUCCUGAUUAGUUUUGAAUUGUUGCAUUAAGUCUAUUUUAAUGAACCUAAUCCUUUAUUUAAUUGUAUCAUGUCUUCCACUAAAAUGAUCAUAUAGUGACAUAUCAUUUUGUUUCGGAUGUAAUAAUAUUAUUUUUUGUUAGUUUGUGCACAUUUCUUCUGAUAUACUCCCACUUCUCCAGAGCCUUAACGCAGAAAAACAGAAACAUGGCUUCAGGUUGCAGUCGUCUUUUAUUUGAAGCUAUUUUCAAACAUGAUUUUAAACCAAUUCUCAUUUGUUCAUUUUGUUUCUAAAUACUAUUAUAAUUUCAUGGUUUUAUG